AUGUUCGUCUCGUUUUCCAUUUCUUCAACUUUCCUGAUACUGCUGAUUUAUGUGCAAAUUGUCGACAACUUAAUGGCCUAUGAUAGAAGAAAUGAGUUUUUAAAUAUUCCUGAAAAUGAAAUUCGUGUUAUCACGGAUGCGAUUGAUAACUAUAAACCAAAGUUGACAGUUCAUUUUAUCGAAUUUCCGCAUGUAAAACGGAGAAAGGCUACUACAACAAGAGACGGAAGAAUUCGAAUUCAGACAAAAGUGAAACACCAGCAGAAGGCAACAAUUGAAAAUGUCAAAGUUAUCUCGGAAACUGUACAGCUCCGAUUCGGAGGUGGCUCCAAAGCUCACUUUCCCUACAAUCGAGUUGUCAAUUGGAGACGUCAAAAUCAGUUUUCAUCGGAGGAGUCACGUGUUGAGACAACUACAACAACUCCAAAACCAUCAGUCCCAGCGGUAACUCCAAAAAGUUGGGCAAAAACAACGACAGCAUCGGCUUCUGGUUAUUCUGCCGAGCCGGCUCUAUUUCUUCCAUCAAGAUUUCAUCGGAAAAAGGAGGACGUCGUGAUUGUUUUUAGGAAAAAACAGAAAUCAUAAGAGAAUUUCGUGUUAUUUAUUGUUAUCUUUUAAUUUUAAUUUAUUUUGUUCCAUCUCUCACUCUGUCUGAUCAAAUACAAAUUUGUUUUCUUUUCUUCAAUUUGUAGUAAAGAAAUUUAUCAAUGAA